AUGAAAAGAUUUGUCCAUUGCCUAUUUUUUCUCUUUCCCCUAUGCCACUGUGGAAGUGUUGGCCGGGAGUCACUGUCUACUUCCAACGAUGUAAAUGGACAGCCUGAAGGACCAGUCAUAGUACGUGUGGAAGAAGACUUUACACCCUAUCAGCGGACACCUGUGACUAUGGAUCUCACGAAUCCGGACAGUAAACUCUUUGAGAUUGAAGGCGAAAUGCAGAGCGAAUAUCCUAUAUCCAUAACUCCAUGGCGUGAAUAUUAUGUCACAAGAGUGAUCUAUAGCGGUGGCACUCUCUGGAGAUCUCAAGAUGACUGGGAAUGCACACAUGUAUAUGCAUACUCUAGAGCUAAUGAUACGCUCUUAAUGAUGGGAUUCAAGAGGGCCAGACGGAGGGAAUAUAGAGCGCUGCACAGAGACAAGGGUGGAGAAUGGGAAGAUCUCAGUACUGAGUUCAAAGACAAAAGUGACCAAGAAAUCCAAAGUAUGCUUGAUAAUGUCAGAGGGAAUGUAAAUGCAUGUAAUUCCUCACCUCCAUCUCCAAGAUUUUCUCCCAUCAAACCACCUGUAUCUUCUCAUGGACCAGGGUUACCUGAACCAAAAUAUGACCAGGAUGAUACUAAAUUCAGUUGGGAUGAUUUGAUUAAGUAUGCCAAAGAAAUAGAAGAUGAAGAAAAGGAAGAGAAGUUGGAAAAUUUUAACAUUCAUACACAUGAGGAAUAUGAAGAUGAAGAAGUAGUGGAAGAUCAAAAUGAUACUACCCUCAUGAAAACUCCUAUAAGUGUCAAUGGAAAGCUUAUUAAUGUUAAUGGUACUCGUGUUGCCGAUUCUGGUAUUUCCACAACUUUUAGACAUAAAACCAGGAAAGACCCACCCCGUCUCAUAAUUGACAUAGAGCAGGGUCUCACCGGGACAUCACACACUAGAGAGUAUGGAGAUGAUUCUGAGAAAGUCAGAUUAGAUAAGUACGAAAAGCCAGAUUAUUCUGGAUUCUACAUGUUUACACAUGACUCACCAGAUGGACGACCAUUCAAGGUGAAGAAGUUAAAUUACAAACACCAAGAUAUCACAAAAUAUUUCGAAUUUGACAAUGACAAAGAAAUUGUUCACAUUGCAGUAUGGUAUUGGAAACAUAAUGGAAUGAAGAACCCUCUUCUUAUAGAAGUAUUGGAUGAGGAUGAAACUUACACCUAUCACUACAAUAAUGGUAGUCUUGAAUGGCAACAACUUUCUGAACAUAAGAACAAUAAUUCUGAGCUAAUUGGCGAACCACUCGAGCAAAUACUGGAUGACCUAAACUGUCGACUCAACGAUGCGGUUACUAUGGAUAUUACAGAGAAGGUGUCUACAUCAGAGACCUCGUAUUGUUGUGAUGGCCAUAAUGGAAGCGAAAAAAUAUCUUUAGAGAAAAAAGAUAUUCUUAUCGAUGGUAAAAUUUUUAAGGAAUAUUAUAAGCAUCAGAUUAAUGCUGGAGAUAAACUUGCAAAGAUCAAGUAUUAUCCAAAAAACGUUUCUGGAGAUGAUGAAAGAAGGGUAAUAACUACUAGAGGACUUACUUUUCCUAUAAAUAGAGCAGUUAGUGUAUAUGUAUUCUAUUGUAACAACAAGCCUGUGAUGAUACAUGUUGACUCCAAUCAAAAAAAGUGGUAUAAGAGGGAGAGUAAAAAUAGUCACGACUGGAAGAAUCUUGUUGGUGAACUUGAUGGUAAAGAUCCAGACAAUAUCAAAGGGUGUUCUGACUUGGAAAACAUGAAAGGUGAACUAGAGAAACUUGACUGCAGAGGACUAAAGGGAUGUAUCCAGUAUGGUAAACGUAUGAAUAGUUCUGUCGUAAUAUCCAGUACAGCUUCUAAUCCAAAAGUAGUUAUUCAGCUCUCACAAAAACCAGAUGUUGACAAUACUCCCACGUAUUAUUAUGGAGAUAUCUUGAGAAAUAAAAAGACUAAAGUUACAAGAUCUAUAUACCCUCUUAAUCCUUCUGCUGGACUGGCUCAGGACUUCUACAAGUAUACUCAUGAAAAUACAAAUAUAGGUCAGAAUUUAAAGCUUGAAAGGAUAAAUGAUGAUAAUAAUGAAAAUGUAGGACUUACAGAGGAUAACGUCUUAUCAAUUUCUGCCUAUUACUGGAAGUAUGAAAAUGGUAGCGGUCCACCUAAUAAGGCUCUUUUGGUGGAAGUGAUAAGAAAGGAUAGUCCCAAGUACAUUUAUUACGAGAAAAAUAGUACCAAAUAUAAAUGGGAACCUUACAAUCCCGCAGGAUCACACAAUGGACUGAUUCCUUACAAACUCCUCCAUAAGCUCACCUUGCUCAAUUGUGAGAUCAACAAUGUUGUUCAAAUCGAUGUUAGUAAGAUUGCUGAUUAUUGUCAUUAUAAUACUGACCCUAAACACGAAGAUGGUUAUACUAAAAAAAUUAAGGUUACUGAGACCGGACAAGGUUAUCUUGGAAACUACACUGCUUAUGCUCACUCUCCAUCUGGAGGCAAAUCAUUCGACAUAUCUAGAUUUACUAACAUAACUGAUGAGAUAAAACUUCAGGGCAUAAAUCCAUCAUUGCCAAUUAGAAAUGCUUCUAAAGUCACAGUAUUUAUGUGUGAUAAAAAUAGUCCUCACAACAAAACUCCUCUUCUUAUCCAUAUAGAAGCUCCUAGUAUUUCAAGGAAAUGGUUUAAAGGAACUAAUGGCGGUACAAAUUUGGAACAUACAUACAAGUUGAAUGUUAAUAAAUAUGAUGAUUACCCUGUCAUUGUUGACUUCCUAGAUACUCUGGAUAGUGAUUGCAGACCACCCGAAGUUACCAUAGAUAUUUAUAAAAGAGGAACUUCUGAUGGACCAGCGUUUCACUAUGAACAUACUUCUGAUAACCAUAAACAAAUUUAUGUUAUUGGUACUACAGUUACUAAUGUGCCAGGUUUUACAGAAUUCAUCCACAAGGUACAAAAUAGAAAAGGUAGUUACUUCACCAUUAAUAAGUUCAAAUACAGUGGAAAUAAUACUUCUGUAAUUGUUAAUGGAACCUCCAUAAAGUAUGUUACCAGUGUUUCAGUCUUCUACUGGUCUGCUCUAGAGUCUCCUGAAAGAAGGGAUAAGAGAGGAAGACCCUUGCUUGUUAAAGUGAUUACCAAAUUUCUUGGUGGAAAGAAAGCCACAGAAACUUACUAUGAAAAUAUUGGUGAAAAUACUAAUCUGAAUUGGCAAUUGGUUCCUGUAACUUCACAGGACCUCGCCCAGAAACUCCAACUUUUAAACUGUAGAGUCAAUAAUGCGGUGAUCAUAAAUGUUGGUAUUAAGGAGGAUACUACUUAUGAUACCUGUAAUGAUACUGAUAAACUGACCUUGGAUCCUCAUGGUGAAAGAACGCAAGUUAAGAAGGAGGAUGAAGAAUCUCUUAAAGGUUAUGAAGUGUACAUCCACAAACUCAAAGAUGGUUUAUCUGGACAGAAGUUUCACGUAGUAAAGUUCCUAGGAAGUUCUAAAGAAAUUCUUACUGGACUGCCUAAAAAUAUUCUUGACGUAGAGGAAGUAAGAGUCUACUUCUGCUCUAAGGAUAAGGUCAAAAGGCCUCUCCUAAUAUACUAUCAUAUCUCUAAUGGGGGAUCACCUGAACACAAGUGGUAUAAAAAUGAGAAUCCUGAUGAUAAAAAUGGUAGUUGGAAAGUUGUAACAGGAUUUAUACAGAAUACCUACAACCGCGGACCAAUACUCACAGUACCCAAUGGUCUUAAUAGUAGCUGUAAAGAUACUCCGGAAGCUACUGCUCAAACUUCUACUCCUCCUGCUUCUAAACCCACUGAAGUUCUUGCUACUCCUACUGCUGAUACUACUACUACUGUUACUCAAACUGAAGCUUCUUCUGAAGCUAAAUAUUCUACUCUUCAAUCUCCUACUGCUACUUCUCCUACUGAUGAUCAAACUGCUGCUACUACUUCUCCUACUGGUACUACUCAAGCUCCUUCUACUUCUACUGAAGCUCUUUCUACUACUGUUUCUUCUGCUGCUAAUCGAGGCGGUGGUGGAACAUCUUCUGGAAACUCUAAUUGGAAAGUAAUUUUCGGGGGCUCUGCUUCUGCCACUGUUGUAUCUGGUUCUCUUACUGGAUUUGGCUGGUGGAUGUUUAAACGUUCUAAAGGAGAGCCUUGGGUUAGACAAAUCUAG